CUUCCCCUUCGCCUUCCCAUUUCAUCCUCUCUUUCUCUCUCUCGAUCGAUUGAUAGCUCCGGCGGACGACGUCGUGAAGACCUAAUUGGCAUUCUAGCAAUGCAUCGUGUGCCGAGCGCUGGCAAUGCAUCAAACUCAUCUCGAUCACGGAAGGAGAAACGCUUGACGUAUGUUCUGAAUGAUGCAGAUGGUUCCAAGCAUUGUGCAGGCGUGAACUGUCUAGCUGUUUUGAAGAGCCCAUCUUCUGAUAGCUGUGAUUAUCUUUUUACUGGAAGUCGAGAUGGGACGUUGAAGAGGUGGGAGUUAGGGGACAAUGAGGCUAUGUGCUCAGCAACAUUUGAGUCACAUAUUGAUUGGGUCAAUGACGCAGUUCUUGCUGGUAACACCCUUGUUUCGUGUUCUUCAGAUACAACCCUCAAGGCAUGGAACUGCUUAUCUUCUGGCACUUGUGCCAGAACCUUUUGUCAGCAUUCAGACUAUGUUAUUUGUCUUGCUGCAGCUGAAAAAAAUAAUCAAAUUGUUGCUUCUGGAGGUCUUGGUGGGGAAGUCUUUAUUUGGGAUAUUGAAGCAGCACUUGCUCCAAUAGCUAAAUGUAAUGAUUAUAUGGAAGAUGAAGGUUUAAGUGGAGCUGUUUGUUUGGGAAAUUCUGGGCUUUCUAUGACAAAUCUCCGUUCAAUUAAUUCAAGCAGCAAUAUAUCUGCACAUAACACUCAAUCACCUGGAUAUCAUCCAAUUGCCGUCAAAGGGCACAAGGAAUCAGUUUAUGCCCUUGCAAUGAAUGGCAGCGGAAACCUACUUGUGUCUGGUGGAACUGAGAAGGUUAUCCGGGUAUGGGAUCCAAGAACUGGUUCAAAGAACAUGAAGCUAAGAGGUCAUACUGACAACGUUAGGGCUUUACUUCUGGACUCCACUGGCAGGUAUUGCUUAUCAGGUUCUUCUGACUCAAUGAUUCGUUUAUGGGAUCUUGGUCAGCAGCGCUGUGUGCAUUCUUAUGCUGUGCACACAGACUCAGUUUGGGCACUUGCUAGCACAGCAACAUUCAGCCAUGUUUAUAGUGGAGGGAGGGACCUUUCAUUGUACCUGACUGACUUAUCAACAAGGGAGAGUGUCUUGCUUUGCAUGAAAGAGCAUCCUAUUUUGCAAAUGUCCUUGGUAGAUGAUAGCAUUUGGGUUGCAACAACAGAUUCUUCUGUGCACAGGUGGCCAGCUGAAGGACAUAAUCCACAGAAAAUUUUCCAAAAAGGUGGCUCAUUCUUAGCUGGAAAUUUAUCCUUUUCGAGGGCUAGAGCUUGUUUAGAAGGAUCUAUGCCUGAUCCUGUUUACAAAGAACCAUCAUUUACUAUUCCUGGUAUCCCUGGAAUCGUACAACAUGAAAUUCUUAAUGACAAAAGACAUGUCUUGACCAAGGACACUGCAGGUUCUGUUAAGUUGUGGGAGAUUAGCAAUGGUGCUGUUGUUAAGGACUAUGGCCAGGUUUCCUUUGAAGAGAAGAAAGAAGAGCUCUUUGAAAUGGUGAGCAUUCCUACAUGGUUUACUAUGGAUACUCGUCUUGGAAGCUUGUCUGUUCAUUUGGAUACCCCACAAUGUUUUUCUGCUGAGAUGUAUGCUGCUGACUUAAAUAUUUCGGGAGUACCUGAGGACCACAAGAUCAAUUUAGGUCAGGAGACUAUUCGUGGGUUAUUGACACAUUGGCUGGCUAAACUAAAACAAAGACCUCGUUUACAAGCAUCACUUAAUGGUGACAUUCCGGUGGGAAAGGAUGCCUCAGUCAGGAAUCUUUUACAUCCAAGAGUAGAUGUUGAUGAUGGAGUUGAAAAUCACAAUGCCGUGCUUCCUCCAUUUGUGUUUUCAACUGUAUCUCCACCCUCCAUUAUUACAGAAGGCUCACAAGGUCCUUGGAGAAAAAAAAUCACUGAUUUAGAUGGGACAGAAGAUGAGAAGGAUCUCCCACGUUGGUGUUUAGAUUGUGUAUUACACGGCCAAAUACCUCCAAGGGAUAACAUGAAGUGUAGCUUUUACUUGCAACCAUAUGAAGGUUCAAAUGCUCCGGUCCUUACACGAGGGAAACUUAGUGCACCUCGGAUAUUGCGGAUGCAUAAAGUAGUUAACUAUGUCAUAGAGAAAAUGGUGCUUGACAAACCUUUAGAAGGUGAAACUUCAGAUGGAACACUUAAUUUAGGGCGUGGCAUUGGUCAAUUACAAUUUCCCUCUCUGGGAGACGGUUCCAUCCGGUCAGGGCUAAAGCCAUGGCAGAAGUUGAAGCCGUCCAUCGAAAUCCUAUGUAAUAACCAGUUGUUAUCACCCGAGAUGAGUCUGGCCACUGUUCGAACAUAUAUAUGGAAAAAACCGGAAGAUUUGGUCCUUAAUUACAGAUUGGUAAAGACCAAGUGAUUCUGCAUGCAAUAACAGAAGUUACUAAGAAUGUGCGACAAUCUGUGAUGUACAUACGGUUCCUGGAUAUCAGUUCCUCAAUCGACUAAAUUGUGUUUUACAUGUAAAUGUUGGAGAUUGUGUUGUUUUUCUUAAGAAAAAGAAAAAGAGACAAACUGCAGAAAGUUCAUCAGCUUCUGUUUGCGGCUACCCGACGACGAUGACUCUGAGUUGCCAAACAAGGCCUUGGUAUACAAAUAGAGAUUAUAUCGAAAUCAUUGUAGAUGUUUUCUGUUUGUUUGUUUAUUUGCUUAGAAAAAAGAAAAACAGGUUGAAAUAAUGUUCGGCAUCCAUGAUCAUAAACUUGUUUUAAUUAUUGUAUAAAAAUUCUGGUUGUGAUUCA